AUGUCAACCAUAUUUGAUCAGACGGGUGUGGAUGUGAAUACAAUUUUCAAAGUAAGUUCCCAGGAAAUGUUGAGAUGGCUCAGUUAUAGGAUUGGGCAAGGUCAAAUAAAAUUAAAUAUGCCCAUUUUAUGUUUGAGUUCACAUGCAGUCAACGUUUAGCUGGUAAAUUAUUUUAGUCAAGUUGACUAUUAUUGUUUUAAAAACGAUAUAAGAUGCUCAGAAAAUAUUUUGUUUAACAAGACACAGGAACAGGAACUCUUCAGGAGAAAAGGUGAUAUUGUCUUAUAUUAAAGGAAGAGUACCCAUUUUCAUGUCCUAACACUAAAUAAAACCAAAACACUAAACCUAACGCUUCGACUAUGGUCGUAAUUCAAACUUACCGCAGCAAAAACCCUCACCCUACCCUUAACCGCGAACUUAUUUCUAAUUUUUUUAGCAACUGUGUUAUGGAGCAUUUUUAUUUCCGCACCCUAUCUUCUUUUCUGUAAUUCACGCCCAAAGGAAAACAGGAUAUUGAAUGCCCAUUUGUUUUUUCAAAUAAACGAGCAUUUUAAACGGAAACUCCGUUCACAGGAGAAAUAUUUAUUUAAACGCUCGUUAGUACAUUAGUUCCUUAUUAUACUAGCAAACCCAGCUUCUGCUCGUAAGUGCACAUAUGAAUUGCACCAAUUUUUGCAACUCUUAACAGGUUUUUUUGUCUGUCAGGGGACGAUGUCCUUAAAUACUGAGCAAGGUUGGCUGGAUCUUUGGACUAAUGUAGGCAAAGCGAGAUCAACUGAUUUUUUAUUUUCCUUGUAAUUCACCAGAUUUAGAAUUAAGCAAGUUAAUGCAUCAUAAAAGAUUCACGAAAAGAUAGUUUUACAAGCAUUCUACGAAUAAUAAAUAAAAACAAACCGCUUAACUACAACAUUGUAUUUAUUUCAGUCAGUCCACUUUUUUAAGAUCCGUCUCUAGGAUUAUGACUACCGAAUACGUAAUAUGUUGUAUAUAGCGGUGUGUGAAGCAACUGUUUGCAUACGUGUCUGAUAAUAUUUAUUACACAAGUUAGUAAAUGUCUGAGUCCAUAUUUUUGUUCGCUAAUUAUAACUUGACCCAGUAAUCUAAUAGUACUUGGUAGAAAGCUUUAUGCACUUUAAUGGUCUGCUUUUGUAUCAUUCUUCUAUUAGGGUGGUGUACUGGGAAUAAUCAUUAACUGGGAAUGUAAUCUUGAUUACGGAAUUGAGAAUUGCAAUCCUCAGUAUUCUUUUACAAAUCUCGAGGACACUCGUGACAAAUCAAGUGGAUUCAAUUUCCGGUAAGAAUCUUUUAACAAAUGACUCAUUUUCUCAGCUGCCGUCUGGGUUUUGUUUUUAUAGUUCUAAUGCCUAUUUCUGCGCAUGCGAAGCAGCCGUUGAUUUUAAUAAAGAUCUUUUGUUCAAAGUAACUAACUUGCAGUGAAAGGUUGUCGAGCACUGGCACAGUUUGUUUAUCAAUUUGAGCUAUUGCGC